AUGGCCCGACCGACCAUUGGAGAAGAUGGAACGGACGGUUUGUUGGAGAUCUCACAUAAUGCACACGGACAACUGGAAUUGAGUAGGCUUAAACCAUUGUGGUACCUAAUAAUGCUCGAAAAGCUUCAUUUCUUCGUCUUGCCGUGCUUGUUGAUGUCAUCGCCGACAUUGGAAGUGCUGGACUACGGUGUUCUUUCGCAGAACAUCACCGGUAGCAUAGCUGAAGCACUUGCGAACGCUACCGAAGUCGACGAUUACGAGUAUAAAUUAUUCGACAACUAUUUUCCACUACUUUUGGUACUGAUUUCGCUACCGAAAAACGAAACUGAGAGUCUGGAGAAGUACAUGAAUCAACGCACGUAUGCCGAAUUGAAGCGGAUGAUCGACGAAAAACAAAAGGUUAGUGACAUCAGUGAACUGGUUUCCGAACUGGAACAGAACAACACCGAUUUGUCCGAGUUCCUCGCUGUCGUCAACAAUCAAAAGUAUCUGGAUCUACUUGAGGCCUACCAUAAUGCCUCCAUUUACAAUGCCAUACGGGGUGUGUGGAGUUCACAACUCAAUCCUCUUCUACCAGCUAUCGAUCAACUCGCUAUACUUGAGUAUUUCGCUGAAAGAAGAUCGAAUGAGCACUUCCGCCAAUCAUUCUGGUCACGGUUAUGGGCGGCGAUAAGAAGCUGGUUGACAGGAAAGAAGGAAUAUCUUGAGUGUAACGCGGAUGAGCCCCGCUGCAUGCGUCGCAUAAUAAUAGAACGACUUCCUCUCGAGAUGAGAGUGGAACUGGUAUCAAUGCGCAUCCAAGAGACGAAAGUUUUCAAUCAGUGUUACGAUAACAUCAUCACUGAAGAGCUGAGCAACCAGCCACCAUCAGCUCAAGAGGAGUUCGAAAUGUGGAAAAGUGCAAAUUCUCCACCAAAAGCUCUGUUGGAUAUCAUCGCUGACAAAACGGAAACAGAGGAAAGAGCUUUGGAGCGAUUGCGAGCUUACGAUCUCCUGAACUCUCUCAAAGAUUACUAUCGGGCCAUGAUCGAGAGCAGAAGUCAUGCAGAGCAGGAGGCAAGAAAUUCGGCGAUUUUUUCAACGAAUGAACGACUCAUUUGCACGCUGUUUUAA